AGAGGCUCCUCCAAGAUGUUGGUGGUCCUGCUUACAGCAGCCUUGUUGGCCCUGAGCUCAGUUCAGAGAGCAAAUGCAGAGAUCAUCAGUGAAGACGCUUCUGCUCAGCUCUUAGAGGAAGAGCAAAACAGCCAGGGCAAAGGUCAACAGCAUCAGAAAGAUGAGGAAGGUGAAGAACCUGGAGAUGAUGAGGAUGACGAUGGGGAAGAAAAACCACCACAGAAACCACCACAUCAUCCUCGCCCUCCAAAACCUGGAAAACCACAUGGCCCACCCCAGGAGGGAGAUAAGGAGAAACCCCGCCCUCCUAAACCUGAAAAACCAGAAGGCCCACCCCAGGAGGGAGAUGAGGCGAAACCUCGCCCUCCUAAACCUGAAAAACCAGAAAAACCAGAAAAACCAGAAGGCCCACCUGAGGAGGGCGAUGGCGGUGAUGACAAUGGCAACGACAAUGGUGACGAUGGCAACUGAGGUGAUGAAUAGGAGAAUUAGACAUCAGUUACCUUUAAUGUCAUUUCAAAGAAGCAAUGAUGUUUUAAGAGAAACUUCAACACUCCAAUAAAAUAUUUAGCAUGC